AUGGGGUGCAGAAGUGAGGCUGGAAGAGGCCGGGCGCUUGUUCAGAGCUACUGUGAGACCUGUGAAGACCUCAGCACUUACGGAGGCCCCAUCACAUGUCAAUCUUCAGGAGCUUACAACAAAACCCAAACCAAAUACAAAGAAAAACUUGGUCGUUGCCAGGCCAAGGCUAAAGAAGGCAUGGUCUUGGCAGAAAGCCAAGCAUCCUUCCUUCUGCUGCCUGCCUGCCCACCCUUCUGGGCUUGCAGCCUUCUCCAGCCCUGCUGCCAGCUGAGAAACCUCCCUGCAGCUGCUGGGUUCUGCCUAGGACCAUGUGUGUGGAUGUUGCUCGGGAGAAGCAAGCACUUGCUCCUGGCACUGAUCCCAGCUGAGUUUCUCCUGUUGAUUUUGGGACCACAGAUGCUGCUGCUGAGGAGGUAUUUCCUGGCAUCCCUGCCUCCGCUACUGCCAGCUAAGGACCAGCCCAAAACGAGGUGUGAAGAGUUGGCCGGGCGGUGGCUCUCCCGCGUCACCUCCUCCACCACCGGGGGAUCGCUGCUGCUGCUCUGCGAGGAAGAGGAGUCGUGGGCGGGCCGGCGCAUCCCCGUUGCUCUGUACUCGGGCCUGGCCAUCGGGGGCACUGGCCAACAGCAUGGUCAUCUCGUGUCGUCCUUCCGAAAGCUGCAGACCACCAGCAACGCCUUCAUCGUGAACAGCUGCGCAGGACCUCCAGCGUCUGCACGCCCUGGGUCACCACAGGAGGCGGUGCUCAGGCUCCUGCCCUGCUCUGGCGGCCCCGCGGACUGGGACGGCGCCAGCGCGGCAUACCGCCUGCACCGGGGAGGACUGCUAGACAUCAGAUCACCGUCAUCCCUCUGAUCCCCACUGCCUGGUGACCCUGGACCUUCUGUAACCAUCGCCCCAGACCUUGCCUACCAGAGCGGCUAUUGCCAGCGGCGCUGCGCGGCGGACGUGCUGGCUCUCUGGACGGCGCUGCUUUCAACACCGCGCUGCUGCCUGGGCAUCGUGCGCCGCGUGCGCGCGGUCGGCGAUCAAGCGGAUCGAAUCAUCAACUUCCUGCUCUUUCCCUUUUCGGCUGACUGCGCCGCCGCCAUAUACGCCUUCCGGACGCCCCGCGCACGCCGGACCCGGAACCGCGAUAUCGACGGCCUGUCGGUUAAUAUAGCUCUGCUGCGCGUCUUCCUGCUGACCGCGCGCAGCCCGCUGGUGUGGGUGAGCCUGGCCAGCGAAAUAACGCUGCCCGUGCCCUGGGGCGUGCAGGCGGCCAGCUGGCUCCUGUGCUGCGCCCUGUCCGCGCUCAACCCGCUGCUCUACACGUGGAGGAACGAGGAGUUCCGUCGCUCGGUGCGCUCCGUCCUGCCCGGCGUCGGCGACGCGGCGGCGGCCGCCGCUGCCGCCACGGCCGUGCCCGCUGUGUCCCAGGCGCAGCUGGGCACCCGCGCCGCCGGCCAGCACUGGUGA